UGCUGCUGCUGCUGCUGCUGCUGCUGCUGCUGCUGCUGCUGCUGCUUUUCCUACCGCUGCAGCUCCAGCCGAUUUCCAUAGCUACGCAGGCGACCGCGCAGGGACCUGCCCUGAAAGGGAGACAGAGCGGCUGGGGGCUGCAGAGCCUCGUAGCUGCUCCCUUUCACCAGGCGGUACGGCUGUUCUCCGACAAGGCUGCUUCGCCCCCAGAGGAUGCUGCACGGAUACAUCUGCGGACGGUUCCAGGACCAGCAAUAAGCCUCUCGGACUCCAGAGCCUUCCCUCCACUGCUUGCGUGCCCCCUCCCAGCAUGCCCAAGAGCUAAUCUGGAGGAAGCAGGACCUUGAAUUUUCCUUCCGCUGCCGAACACCAUGAUCCGCAAGAAAGCCUCUGGUUUGGGUCCUCCAGACGCCAAUCUGCUUCUCAGCGCUGGAAAGGGCCCCCUGGGCCACUUCAACGAUGUCAGUGCCAUUCAAAAUGGGGCCUCCGCCGGUAGCCUGGAUGUAGAAGGGGACGACACAAUCUGCAUUUAUGGCAGAGACGGUUACGAUUCUUCAAACAGCCCCAGAGGAAAUUACUUCAGAGACGGGAAAACAAAGAUUGACUUUAUGCUGGUUUGGGAGGAGAAAGCCCACCCCGCAAAGAAGAGGCGAAGCAAACGGCCGCACCGCCAAGGUGAUGCGACAGCAGGCAGAAGGGGUGGCUGGGAGCAAAGCUACGGGCGGCACGAGAGGUGGAAGCGGAAAUUCCUCAGAAAUCUGCGGAACGCGGGUCUCUUGAUGGAGAAGGAGGAGACUCUGAGCGAGCACAAGAGCAUCCACUACCUGAAGCUGAGCGCCCCAUGGGAGGUGCUGGUGUACUAUGCCGAGGAGCUGUGCAUGCGUGCGCCUCUCCAAGCUCACCCCAACCCAGACAGAAACAGUUCAGAUGAUCUGCUCCGGAAGCUGCGCAUCCCCAACGUAAUGGAUCAGAGGGUACCCAACAAGCCCGUGGACUACUACACUUGUGCCUUCCGCAAGUCCAAGCUCGACAAGUUCCUGGGCAGCGAUUUGCACGACUCGUACUUCACCCACACGCAAAGGCAUCGCAUCGUGUAUGAAAUCUUGGCACGGACUAUUUACGGAAAACGGAAGCACGCGGAAAUAGGCAUCGACCGGCUGUUGAACGAAGGAGUAUAUUCUGCAGCUUUCCCACUGCACGAGGGCCCCUAUGAGCUACCCGAGUACGAGGUGCUGAGCGAAGAGCUGAACCCCCGGCAGAUCCUGUAUCGUUUUUGGGCCCAGUGGAACCGUUGGUACAAGUAUCAGCCCCUCGACCACAUCCGGGAGUACUUUGGAGAGAAGGUGGCCAUCUACUUCGCCUGGCUGGGCUUCUACACAGCCUGGCUGAUCCCAGCUGCAGCUGUUGGGAGUUUUGUAUUCCUGGCAGGCCUCUUCACCCUAGAUACGAACAUGCCGGCGCAAGAGAUCUGCAACAGUGGGGGGCAAUUCCUCAUGUGCCCCCUUUGUGAUACUUGCGGCAACUGGAACAUCUCUGAGAUCUGCCCCAUGGCAAAGGUUGGGUACCUUUUUGACCAUCCCGGGACAGUUUUCUUCAGCAUCUUCAUGUCCUUCUGGGCGGUCACUUUCCUGGAGUACUGGAAGCGGAAAAACGCCACCCUGGCUCACCACUGGGACUGCGUGGACUUCCAAGAGGAGGAGGAACGCCCUCGCCCAGAGUUUGCUGCUAUGGCCCCUUGCCUGGAACAGAACCCCGUCACAGGGGUGAAGGAGCCCCAUUUCCCUGAGCAGGACCGGCUGUCACGAAUCCUGACCGGAUCCAUGGCUAUCGUCAUCAUGCUCUGUGUUGUGAUGAUCUUUCUGGUGUCAGUGAUCAUGUACCGUGGGAUUGUAAGCACCGCAAUGUACCACACCGGGAACAGAGUUUUGAUGACCCAGGCAGGUAACAUUGCAAACAUCAGCAGUUCCAUGGUGAACCUGGUGCUGAUCCUGCUCAUGAGCCAAGUAUAUACCUCCCUGGCUGAGAAGCUUACGCGAUGGGAAAUGCACCGGACUCAAACGCAGCACGAGGAUGCCUUCACCUUCAAAGUGUUCAUUUUCCAGUUUGUGAACUUCUAUUCAUCUCCCUUCUACGUGGCUUUCUUCAAAGGCAGGUUUGUGGGCUACCCUGGUCAGUACGGAAAGCUCCUGGGCACGAGGAACGAAGAUUGCGGUCCUGGUGGGUGUCUAAUUGAACUGGCCCAGCAGCUGUUCAUCAUCAUGGUUGGGAAGCAGAUUGUCAGCAACGUCCAGGAGUUUUUUGUCCCGAAGCUGAAAGCUUGGCAGCAGAAAAGGAAGCUGGCCAAGGUACGAGGUGCCCAGAUCUGCCAGGAGUCCAAACGGUGGGAGGAAGAUUAUGAACUGAUUGAAUGUGAAGGUCUCUUUGAGGAAUACCUGGAGAUGGUGCUCCAGUUUGGUUUCAUCACCAUUUUUGUGGCUGCUUUUCCACUGGCCCCUCUCUUCGCCCUGCUCAACAACUGGGUAGAGAUCCGUCUGGAUGCCCAGAAAUUUGUCUGCGAGUACCGCCGACCGGUGGCUGAGCGUGCCCAGGACAUCAGCGUCUGGUUCUUCAUCCUCGAGGUCCUGGCACAAAUAUCUGUUAUUGUCAAUGCCUUUCUCAUUGCCUUCACAUCUGACUUCCUGCCACGCCUCCUGUACCAAUACGAAUACGACAGCCACCUCCACGGCUACGUGAACUUCACCCUGGCUUACUCCCCACCCAGUUACGUCCACAACAACCAUACCAUGUGCAGGUACAAAGCCUUCCGAGAUGCAAAUGGGAACUACACCCUCUUUUAUUGGAAACUUCUGGCCGUUCGUCUGGGCUUCAUCAUCGCCUUUGAGCACGUGGUCUUCUUCUGCUUGCGACUUAUUGACUGGCUGGUUCCAGACGUCCCUGAAUCCCUGGAAGUAAAGAUCAAACGUGAGCGUUACCUAGCCAAGCAGGCACUGGCCGACAACCAGGAUGUGCUGCUGACGGUGAGUCACGACUCUUCUCCCACACCAGCAAGCAGCCUUUUAUCCAGCAGUAUGAUUUAGCAAUACUGGUGAGGUCAAAAGCAUGGGCAUCAGUGCAUCCCCCUCAAUUUCUGACCACGUGAAGCAGCGUGAAGAACGCCAGCGAAGAGCAGAGGAAAACCCUCUCCUGCACCGGUCUUUUGGAGACCCAGAAAGCAGAUGGACCACAGACGCUGAGUUUGGAGGUUACAACUGGCUUUGCUUCUGCGUCACCGUGACAUGCUCACUCCUGCCUCGCUUGUCUCGCCCUCCUUCUCCCUCUUGCCGUCUAAAGAAGCCCACGGAGACCGUGACGUACCCUUCCCGGCCUUUUUCCUGUGACUGCGUCCUGCUGGAGUCCUUCUUUUCUCAACUGUGGCACCGCUGGGGCCGAGGCCGAGGGCUGAGGGCUGCUAGCUUGCUAGCUCUAGAGACCGGUUCUGCUGGCAAACGCAGCUCCGCUUCCUCUGAGGCCCCCGGGAGGCUUUGCUUCUGUUGGCAGUGGCUUCUUCUGGGCCACGCAGAGUUUAACCUGAGUCUACAUCUAACUCCCUCCCAUUGAUAUCUAGGCUAGCUUGGAGGGCAGGGAAAUACUCAAAGAGCAAGUACCCCAAAAUGAAAUUUCAAUCAAACCAGCAGAUAUCAUUGCGGAAGGCGAUGGAUAAGGAAUUGUGGGUGCCGAGGAGAAAUCCUGCCCUUGAUGGGUUGGCCAGCUUCUCUGUGAUUGCCUACAGUUCCUGUUCUGUUCAUCCUCCACCACCGUCACCAUCGGGGAAUGUGUUCCACUUCGGGAUCACAAACAAGGAGUUACGUGGAUAGCCUUCACAAGCUAACAUUUCGUACUAUUAUCAUAUGGCGGGAUUCAAAUUUGAAAAUCCAAGUCUGCGCACAUGCAAUCUCCAAAAAACCUUAGGAGCCCUAGGCAGUCAAAAGCAGUGGGAAGAAGGCUGUGGAUUGUGGGAGAGGUGGUGCUUCCGUCCCUUCCCUUGUUUCACAGCUCUCGCUGACGGUUUGGGGAAUGAAAUCCAACACGCUUAGCACUGUCACAGUUCACUACAAAUCCCAUCCUAUGCCUUUCUGACACGUCUGUUAUUCAGAGUUGCAACUCUACAGCUUGUAUCAUCAGGGGAUUUAAUAAAAUCUGGAAUGAU